CAGACAUGCUCAAAUAAGUUAAUACCAGCGGCGGAGAACUUUUAUCAAAUUCCUAACAAAAAUACAAUUUUGCCUAAAAAAAAAUGCCGGGGGACGCAGAAAACACAAGUACAGACACAACCAAUGAUCACAUCGACCUGGCCUUGUACCGGCAGCUGGUCAAACAGUUCAUAGACAUGCGUCGCUACUCCACAGCGCUUUUCUGGGCAGAAAAGGUUGCCGUGCUUGGUGGCCAGGAGCCCAGGGAUAUUUACUACCAGGCGCAGUGCAUGUACCUACUGGGGGAAUACCAUCGUGCUGCCCACACAAUACAGCACCACAAGCUGGAGAAGAACUCACUGCCUUGUUUUAACCUGCUCCUGGAAAGUCUGUAUGCGGCCAAGGAGUUUACGGAGGCGGCCAAUGUCAUCCAGAAUGUGGAGGUGGAAGUGAUGACCACAUCGCUGAUCAAUCAGCCCGUGGAUGCAGGCAGUGGCUGCUAUCUGGAAAGCAACAGUGUCUUUGGAGGCGAGGAGAAUCACAGAAAUGAACUGCUAUCAUCCAUUUACCUGAUGAAGGGCAAGGUUUACGAGGCCCUGGACAAUCGCGGCAUGGCAAUGGAUUUCUAUGUUCAGGCUCUUCACAAAUCCAUAUACUGCUUUGAGGCUCUGGAGGCGCUGGUGCAACACGAAAUGCUGAUGGCUUGGGAAGAGUUUGAGCUAAUGCACCACUUGCCACUGGCACAACAAUCCAGUGAAACUGAUGCCAAGUUUAUACUGAAACUUUAUGAAUCUCGCCUGAAGAAGUACUACGAGUUGAUUUCCGCACGCAGUGCUGAAGAGAUAGACCCCAUUGUUAAUCCUAAUAUAAUAAAGUUUAUCAAGUUCUUCACAGAACGUGUGCAGCAGACUGUCUCUUUAGACACACAAAUGCCAAAAGUGAGCGCCGUCAAGGUGCCGCUUACACCAAGCCAAUUCAUGUCGCCCGCUCAGAAAGUCCUAGAAGAUCUGAAGGCGCCCACAUUCUCCCUACAAACUAGUCUCUCCAAGGCAUCUUCUCUUAUUGAUGCCUCUCACCGGUCCAUGUUUGACUCCUCCAGUAGAAGGCGAUCGCGGGAUCAAGACACGGACACAUUAAUUCCAUACGCAGAAUGUCUUGAUCGAGUACAACGUAGUACGGACAUGAUGGCCGCUGAGGCGGAGAAGUGUUUCUACGAUUGCGACUACAAACAGUGCCUGAAAAUACUUAAUGAACUCCUUAAGGUGGAUCCCUUUCAUAACAAUGCUCUGACCAUUCAGAUUGCCUGCUUGGUGGAAAACGGCGACUUUAACCGGCUAUUUUACGUGGCCCACAAGUUGGUGGAUCGUUAUCCCGACAAAGCGAUUUCCUGGUACGCCGUGGGCUGCUAUUACGACAUGAUUGGGAAAAGUGAUCCUGCCCGGCGUUAUCUCUCCAAGGCCACUGCCUUGGACCGACUUUAUGGCCCCGCUUGGCUAGCUUAUGGUCACAGCUUUGCCAAUGAGAAUGAGCACGAGCAAGCAAUGGCAGCCUAUUUUAAGGCCACACAACUGAUGCGAGGUUGUCAUCUGCCAUUGCUUUACAUUGGUGUGGAGUGCGGCCUAACCAAAAACAUCGAGCUAGCUGAGAAAUUUUUCCUACAGGCUAUGAAUAUAGCGCCGCUAGAUGUAUAUGUACUGCAUGAGCUGGGUGUGACCAAGUACGAAAAUGAGUUCUUUGAUGCUGCCGCCACAAUCUUCCAGUGCACUGUGGACAUUGUGAAACUGCGGGCCAAAUCAAACAACGAGGAGAUCUCAUCCCGCUGGGAACCGGCUUUUAUAAAUCUGGGUCAUUCGCUUCGCAAGGAGCAUAAGUACGAGGAAGCUCUAUGCAACUUUCAAUAUGCACUUCUUUUAAAGCCGCAGAGUCCUACUACAUACACUUCCAUAGGAUUUAUACAUGCUCUACUAGGAAAUCUAGACCCCGCCAUCGAAGCUUUCCACAAGAGCUUGGCCCUGAACAGAGACUGCAUUGUGACGUCUACCAUCCUAAAGAGUUGUAUCGAAGACCUUAUGGACGACUCGGCAACUAUUGAUGAGAUUUGCAGUGCGGCCUUGCGAGAUGUGGCCAAGAAUAUCACGGCCAACAGUCGCCGUGUGUUAAACUCGGACAAGUUUAAUGGGAUGAAGCUAAAGUUCGACGAGGAAGAGGAAUUCGCCAAUUCCGAUUCCAACAUGGUAGUGGAAAUGAGCUUUGAUACCUAGAAAACAUUUAUACUAACUUAUGUCAAUCAUUAAUGUUAGCUUCGAUUGUUAGCCAGACAAACAUAUGCCAUGCACUUGAACUUAAUUCGUGGCCAGAACAAAUACAGAUGUUUAUGCUUGUAUAUUGUCGUCUGGCUAAUGAGCAAAGUCUUGGGAUUUUUCAGCUCUGUUUUUCCCACUAUCAAUCGAAGUCGCCGCCAUGUGAAUAACAUUAAGUAUUUAAGAAAACGUAAAAGUCUCAUUUGAAUCAUAAUUGUACGGCCAGCCCCGAGUGGCCCUAGCCACGUUCUCUCAAUCAUUCUGUAACUUGCAUACCAUUUAAUUAUAAUUAAAAGUAGGUUAGCCUGUGCAAGGAACUAAAGUUGUAACCAAAAGACUUUGCUUCCUUCAAUAAGCACGUACACCAAAGUUUUUUCGGCAACCAAAACUUGAA